AUGUGGCAAGCGUUUUUUAUGGAAGCUGGAAUUCCGGCCAAUAUUGCGUCCAGGUAUGCAAAAGCUUUUGAAGAGAAUCGAAUUACGAAGGCAAUGAUCGGUGAUCUGGACAAAUCGACGCUGGCCGAAUUGGGAGUGAAAGCUGUUGGAGAUCAAAUUGCGAUUUUGCGUCGCAUUAAAGAUGGCCCUUCGAUUCAAACGACUGUAAAAACAUUAAAGGUUCGUGUACCCAUUACGGGCCCUCCACAAAAUCAUGCCACGAGCAUCUCGUCAUCUUCUUCAUCCACUGAAGUUAUGACAGCAUCAGAGGCUCGACGAGGACGACCACCCCCAGAUAGGCAAGAAAUCUACCACAUCAGAAUGCCAACUGGAGCUACUCGCAAAACCCAACAAAUUCUUCAAAGAGCAGCAGAAAUGCGAAAUGCAGGACUUCUAAAGAGGGCUCAUUCUGGAGUGCGCCAGGGAGGCAGACCUGUGAAUCCGGUUAGCAAAGAUCCAUCGGCUCGUCGCCUUGCUCUUCACAAUCGAUUUAUGGAACAAGAAGAAGUUUCUUCCUCGACCGACAACUUUUCGGAGCGCUUGGGUACACGCGGAAUGUAUUCUGAUAGAGUUCACGGCGGCAGAGUUAUGAAAAGGGAAAAGCCGGGAGAGGAAAAACUGCUUACACGAGCCUUACAUUCAGCGGUGACAUCAAUGCAAAGUAUUGAAGCAGGCCCGCGUAUUCAAGUACGUCUGCCGUCAAAUACUCCGACCUACAGCAAGAUGAAAGCUACCAUUUCCGCUCCUCGUAGCGUUAUGAGAAUGGGUAUUGGCGCCUCAAUGAUUGCCAAACAACGAAAACAAACAGGCGUGUCCGGAGUAACCAUCGCUAAAAAGGCCUCACUUGUUGAUCGUGUGAAAUUCAAAGGAAAUACUACGGUUAAAAGAUCCCGCCCUAAUGUGAAGAUAAUGUAUGAAGAAGAUGACAGUGAAAUGACUGAAGGAUUGGGUGAUCAAAACGAGUAUGGAUGUCAAGAUGUCGAUGAGUGGCAAGAGGAAAAUGAUGAACAAUCAAUGGAUAACGAGGAUGAAAUCGACUAUGACAAACUGGUCGAUGCUCAAUCUUUGAUCGAAUUCGAAUGUGAUCCUCAACCAAUGUUAACGAAUGUUAUUGAUGACCAAUGGUUUUGUUACAAUCAUGCUACU